AUGUUUGACACCCACAAGCCUCAUCCGCUGCUCGCGCAGGUCCCCUUGACGGUCUCACCUUUUCUGUCCUUGCCGACCGCUGUGACUCUUCCCUACACAUUUCGAUCUGUGCCCACGUCUCUUCCCCCUUCCAUCAUCGCUGAAAAUGGCCCGGGGCAGCCUAAAUAUGUCACGUCCUCCUCCGGCCAUUCUGCUCACCCGGAUGAUAUUAUAAACUCCUGUAAAGCCCUUCAAGACCACCUCAAAAAGACUUCAGAUGCUGCGGACAAGGCCAUUAAAGAGUGGGAGCGAGAUAUCAAAGACCGAGAUCUUGCGGAGAAGCGAAGGGUGGCGCCAGGUUGGCUGGACCGUGAAGAGAAGAUCCUGGAGCCCACAAAGGUGCUGAAGACAGGGCAAGAGCAGAAUCUGCUGGAUGGACAGCCUGUAACUGUCAUAUCCGCACCUGCAAUGUCACCCAGUCGCGAAGGUGAGGAACUAGAUCGAGCUUUUGGAGGCCUCGGUCUCAAGUGA